CCCUGUCCCUGUCCCUCCACCACCCGCCACUACUUCCGGCUCUGCGCCGUGACGCAGGGGCACGCUGGCGCCGCGGGGUUGCGCUCGACGUGACCCGGUACCCGGAAGCGAGGUGCGGCCGCCGGUGCCGCCGCCGUUCCCGUCAUGUGAAGCAGCGGGACCGGCUCCCCCAGUCCCGCAGAAGCGAUGGAGCCCACGGCCUCGCAGGUGUUCUGCGGGCGGGUGCUGGGCAUGGUCAACGCCGAGGAUGUCAACGCCAUCAUCCUGGCCCAGAAGAACAUGUGAGUCCCGGGGGAAGCGGCACCGGCACCGGGAGCCUCCCGGGGUCCGUGCCGAGCUCCGCCCGCUUCCCCCGCGCAGGCUGGAUCGGUUUGAGAAGACCAACGAGAUGCUGCUCAACUUCAACAACCUCUCCAGCGUCCGCAUGCAGCAGAUGAGCGAGCGCUUCCUCCACCACACCAAGACGCUGGUGGAGAUGAAGAAGGAUCUGGACGGCAUCUUCCGGAGGAUCCGGACGCUGAAGGGGAAGCUGGCGAAGCAGUACCCGGAGGCCUUCAGCAACAUCCACGAGUCUCCCAUCCUGGAGGACGACGACGACUUUGACCCCAUCCCGAAGAGCACCACGACCACCAUCGCUACCUCUGAGCAGAGCACGGAGUCCUGCGACACCAGCCCCGACGUCAUCUCCCCCACCACGAGCCAGGAUUUUGAGGAUUUAUCCCAAGGCCAGUACGAUUUACGGGCCGUGAACGGACAGAGUCUCACAGACGAGGACACAGCCGAUGGCCUGGACUAGGCGGCGGGUCCCUGCGGAACUUUCUGCGCUGUGUUCAUAGCGGGGUCUCUCUCUGCCGGGAAGAGGGACGCGAAGGCGGGUGCUGGACGG